AUGGACUUCCUUGACGAUAUAGAGGUCGACAGAGUCCCUUCAACCACCUACUCCUUCAUUCCAGAUACCCAAGUAAGUGAAGAAGAACAAACUGAUCAUGAAGGUGAUCAUGAACAAGAACAAAAUAGCGAUGAUGGGCCUAAUAUGGAUAUCCUAAGUAAGGUCAGACAACGGUUGUUUGGCCAGGAUACUCAACCGAUCAAUACCCCAGCCCAAGAUACUCAACCAAUCAAUGAAUCAUUUCCAUUUGAAAACUCGUUAUUGUUUUCGACUCAAAAAAUUAAUCAACCAAGUGAACAAAUUAAUCAACCAAGUGAAAGUAAUCAACCAAGUGAAAGUAAUCAACCAAGUGAAAGUAAUCAACCAAGUGAAAGUAAUCAACCAAGUGAAAGUAAUCAACCAAGUGAACAAAUUAAUCAACCGAAUGAAACUCAAGUCAUUAAUCAAUUGCCCCAAUUGCCAGUAGAUGAAUCUGAAUUCAGACCUAAGAAGUUGCCCCAGCUAUCGAUCGGAGAUGCAGAAAUUAACCCAUCUUCGAAGUCUUCACCAGUAAAGUCUCAGCCAAGUAAGUCACAAGCUGUAAAUCUAAAACUAUUCGUUGAUCUGGACGAUGACGAGGUUCCUAAAUAUGAUCGACAAGCAGAAAUAGCUAAAUUAGCAGAAAUUAAAAGAUUGAAAAGAUUAGAAAAUGAAAAAUCUUUAGAAAAUGACUUGAACCAUACUUCUUUAUCUGAUGAAGAAAAAGAGCUUGACGAUGAACUAUAUGAUAAAACCAUCGACUCUUCUACAAUUAAUCAUCAACCAACUAGAAAAGAAUUGGAAGAAGAAGAUAAAUUCAUUAAUAUAAGUAAAAGAAAAAUGGAAAUUAGAUCAAAUUUUAAAAAUAAAAUUACUUUCUCUAAAAAUCAGUUUUUAGAUGAUUUCGAUAGUGAUAAAGAAGAUCAACCCGAUAAUUUAAGCUUAAGCAACGAAUUGAAAUCAAGUCCAGUCACUUCUCCCAUUAAAAAAGACGUUAGAAAACCUGAUGGUGAAGAUGACCUUCUUUCAAUUAACCAAUCAGCAACUCCAAAACAGAAACAAAAACCAAGCACUAAAAACCCAAUCGAUUUAUACGCCGAAAACUUGAAACGGAAAUUAUUAUCUUCCCCAACAAAAGACGGGAAAUUUAUUGAUUUAGAUGAUUCAGAACUGGAUUCAGAUCGUCAACUAUCAUCAAUUCGUAACGCUUCAUCUCCAAUCCCUUAUAGACCUUCUCUCCCGUUAACAUCUGCUUCUAAUAACAAUCAUCAACUUGAUGAUUUAAAAGAAAUACCAGAAUUAUCAAAAGAAUCGAAAUUAUUAUUAAAGAAAAAAUUCUCAACUAAGAAAGUUCAGAAUUCGAAAAACUCAAAAAUUAAUUCAUUACCAAAAAAUUUAAGAAUGAAUAUGAUUCCAAAUCAAAAUAAAAUAAAACAUUUUGAUUUUUUGAAAAAUUUACACAAAAAUAAUAUAAACCAAUUAAUCGAAUUGAAAAAAGAAAAUCCGUAUCUUGACAUUGAAGAAGCGGUUAAUGAAGAGCUAGAAGGUGAUUCGUUAUUCAAUCGUGAAUUAGAAAGAUCUAGAAAUAUAAGAAAGAAGGAAAAAGAAUUGGAAAAAGCCAAAUUGGCUAAAUUGGCUAAGCUUGAAGACAAGGACUAUAAUCCAGUUGAUGAGGAAAUCAUUGAUGAAGUUCCUGAUUCUGACUACGAUUCAAAUGAUGCUCCUGACUCUGAAUAUAAUGAUGAACAAGAUGAAAUUGCUAACGAAGUAGAUGAUGAAAAUUCUGAUGAAGCUGAUGAUGAUGAAAAUGAGGUUUCCGCUAGAAGAAACAGAAAAUUGGUUGUUACUGAUGAUGAAGAUGAUGAGCAUCAACCUGAAAUCAAUCCAAAGAGAAGAAAUGACGAUAGUUAUAUGUUCGGAGUUGCAAGCUCUUCUCAAAUCAAUAAUGAAUUCGAAAAAGAAGAAGACACUGUCGGAAUUAGCAAUUCUGAUAUUCCUAUCGAUAUAUCAAUGGAUAAACCUGUGAUCAAGGGUGGCCUUGAUUCCAACCCUGAUAAAGAAUUGUUUCGUAAUCUCAAACCAAGAACUGAUGAUGGAAAAGACGUUUCAGUUGCUUAUGAUGAUGGUCAAGAAGAUUCGGGCCCUGUAGAAUUACCCUCUUUCCAAGAUAUCUCAAUGUCUCAACAAGGCACCCAAACCUAUCAAGCUACUCAAGUAGAUUCAGCUACUCAAGCUGAUCCUACUCAAAUUAUUGAGUCUGAGUCUACUCAAAAAAUUUCUAAUGCCCAAGAAAAUCAUCAAGAUGAAGCUGAUGUUGAUAUUAAAGAAGCACUAGAAAGUGGACGUCAGCAUAUUCAACAGAACCGAAUAGAAGAUAUCGAUCAUGAUAAAGAAAACGAUGACGAAACUUCCGAAGAAAUUCAGCAAAGAAUUAAGAUGUAUCAAAACAAAAUAAGAAGACAAGAAUUAAAAGCCCGUAAAAGAAGAAAAGACAUGGAAAAGAAGGGUCUUAAAAAUAUAUUAGAAGGUGAAGCUGAAGAAUCAGAAGAUGAAUGGAAAGGAAUUGGGGGUGAAGAUAAUGACGAAUCCGAUCAAGCAAAUUCUGAAGAUGAAAGAAUGAUUGAUAAUGAUUUCAAUAUCGAUCUAAAUGACGAAGAAAUUAGACAGAAAUUUAUGGAAGAUUUCAAAAUCAAAGAUCAAAAACAAUUGGAGAAAUUAAUGGAUGAUGUCAAAAAUCAUAGACUUACAAGAAGAGCUGGCAUCAAUAGUUUGGAUGUUGAUUAUGAAGACGAAGAAGACGAAAUUUUCAGGCUAUUUAAAAGACAGGUUCUUCAAAAACAACGUCAAGAAUUUUUGAAAAAUAAAAAAUUAAGAAAGGCUGCUAAAAACGAAAAGGCUAAAGCAUUCUUAGACUUGGUUCAAGAUAAUUCCAAUAAUCCUAUUGUAAUUGAUGAUGAAAUUGAAGACUCAGAUGAUGGCAAUCAUUCAGACGAAGGCGAUUCCAAAGCAAGGUCUGAGAGUCCUUUCAAUGAUUCUAAUAACACUACCGAGAAAGAUGAUGAUGGUGAUGAUGAUAAUCAAGAAUUAAACGCGUCCAAGAAAAAACGUCCAACUCUUAAAAUUAAAGAGUCGUUCGUGAGAAAAACGUUGUCUUUUUUGGCAACCGACUCGAAUAGAGAUGAUGACGAUUAUGAGAGGCAGCAAAAGAUUUCAAGAUAUCAACAUGGUGUUAACUCGUCCGACGAUGAAGUCGAUGAUGUUAAAGCCUUGAAAAAUAAGAGUUUGAGUAAUUUACAAUCUAACUCAGUAAUUGACAUUGAUUCUUCGCUGCUGCAAACCGAUAAAAGAUCUUUUGCGGACUCUCAAGCUACUGACGGUGAUGAUUUUGAAAUAGAUGAUGAUGAUGAAGGGUUAAUGAGAAUGUUCAAGAAACCUUCUAUCAUCAAAUCAUUUAAAUCAGGAAGCGACCUUAAUAGUUCCGCAAAUAGCUUCUCUGGAGUUACUGUUAGUAAACAGUAUAAAGUUGCAUCAGGCUCUAAAGCCUCAAUUACUUACAUGUCUAAAAAUCUGAAACAAAACAAUAAAAUCAAGAGUUUGAGGGCCCAAAGGAUUGAGCAAGGAGUAAGAGAGGUCAAGAACAAUAGUAGUGUCAAAGGAAUAUUCAAAAAUCAUGGAUUUGAUUGA